AUUCAAAGAAAGAAAUUCUAGUAAGUGAUACGUUGUUUCAGAAACCAUAGAACAAACUGUAGGCUGGAGAGUUUUGCGUUUGCAUCAGAUUCCAUCCGUGUUCCCCUUCUCUUAGUUUACGUACUUGGCUGCUGCACAUGCAUCAGAUUCUUGCUUGAACUACAAUGUCCCGAAAGAAUGUAUAAAUUGAAUGGUUUAAGUUGGCCAUUGUUCAUGAUACCUUCCAUAAGCAAUUUUAAUGACUACAAGGGGGAAAAGAAUUCCCAUCCAAAGUAAAAAAAGAAUGAUUAGCUUGCUCUUGUAAAUAUAGGAAUAUUUCAACUGAUAACUCGAAAGGAAAGAAUAAAGGGCAUUUCUUGGGGAAGACGAGCAUCCCAAAAACCAUCAUGAAAGCAAAGUUCUUUUGCUUCAGUACAUGAAAUUAAGAUUCCAUGGCCUUUUCCAAUGCACUAUAUAUACAUCAAGUAAUAGAUCAUAUGAAGCACCAUCAAAUCAUAAUCUCCCUUUUUUUUAUUUCUCCUCUUUUCUCAACCAAUCAAUUACUCCCUAUAUUGCACAUUUCCAAAUUUAUUAUCCUUUUAUUUCAUUUUAACCUCUCUCAACCAUUCCUUAGUUCUGAAGAAUAUGGCUGAUGCUCUUGUUUCCGUAGUCUUGGAGCAGCUGAGCUCAAUCAUUAUUCAGGAAGUGAGGCUCGUCGUUGGUGUCAAGAACGAGGUUAAAAAGCUUACCAGCAAUUUCCAGGCCAUCCAAGCUGUGCUUGCCAAUGCAGAGGAAAGACAGUUGAAGGAUCAGUUGGUCAAACAUUGGUUAGAUCAGCUCAAAGACGUAUCUUACGACUUGGAUGAUGUUCUGGAUGAGUGGGGCACUGCAAUUGCAAAAUCGCAAAGCAAGGUAAAUGAGCAUCCCCGCAAGAAUACAAGGAAGGUAUGCUCUUUCAUGAUCUUCAGUUGCUUUCGUUUUAGAGAAGUUCGUUUGCGUCAUGAUAUUGCUCUUAAGAUUAAAGAACUGAAUGAAAGAAUAGAUGGCAUUGUGGUUGAGAAAAAUAAGUUCGACUUCAAGUCAUCUAAAGUGGAAAUUAAACAGCUUGAACAUCGAAAAACCACUUCUGUUAUAGACGUAGAAGAAGUUAAAGGUAGAGAAAUGGAUAAAGUCAGGGUUAUGAAAAUGUUGUUGAGUGAGAGGAGUCAAGGACCAGCCCUCCGUACAAUCUCUCUAGUAGGGAUGGGAGGGAUAGGAAAGACAACCCUUGCUAAGCUAGUUUAUAUUGAUCAUGAUGUGACGACCCACUUUGAUAAGACAAUAUGGGUUUGUGUAUCAGAUCCUUUUAAUGAGAUAACGAUUGCCAAGGCAAUCCUUGAAGAUCUCAUGGGGUCUGCACCAAAUUUAAACGAAUUGCAGACUUUAUUGAAACAUGUCCAAGAAUCAAUUAGGGGAAAGAAAUUCUUACUUGUCCUAGAUGAUGUGUGGAAUGAAGAUUCCACAAAGUGGGAGCAACUGAAAGACUCCCUCAAGUGUGGUUUGCCUGGAAGUGGGAUUUUGGUGACCACACGAAAGAAGAAUGUCGCGAGUAGCAUGGGCUCCUCACCCAUUGACAUUUUAGAACUAGGAAUUCUCUCUACGGAGGAAUGUUGGUCACUGUUCAGUCAGUUCGCAUGUUUUGAAAAGACCAGUAGAGAGUAUGAUAAUUUAGAAGAUAUUGGUAGACAAAUUGCAGCAAAGUGUAAAGGCUUGCCUCUUGCUGCAAAGACUCUAGGAAGUCUUUUGCGCUUCAAAAGAAGCAGAGCAGAGUGGGAAAGUGUCUUGAACAGCCAUGUCUGGGAGAUUGAAGAAGCUGAAAGCAAAAUUUUGGCUCCUUUAUGGUUGAGCUACGAUGACCUACCCUCUGAUAUGAGACGGUGUUUCUCAUAUUGUGCAGUCUUUCCAAAAGACUUCAGAUUUGAGAGGGAUACUUUGAUCAAACUGUGGAUGGCACAAGGU